AUUAAAUGAAAACAUUAGAAUAAUUCCCAAAUCAGAUAUUCUAGCCCUAAUAAAGACUCGUUGUCUCCGCCUCAGCGAUCUCUGUCUCUCGGCGAAGGCGACGGCUAUUUACAAUCGAAGGUCUUUGGUUUCGUUUCGUGGUGCUCUUGUAAUAAUUCACACAAGAGAACCAACCCUAACUUUACUUUCUUUCUAUUCCCUCCCACCGCAUCUCACGAUGGAAUUCUCUGCCGCCGACUUUGAAAAGCUUGUGAUGUUCGAGCACGCUCGCAAAGCUUGUGAGGCUCAUUACAAUUUGCUGCAGUGGGGUGGAGCAUUGCUUGAACUUGCCCAGUUCCAGCCUAUUCCUGAGGCGAAGCUGAUGUUAGAUGAUGUUGAUGCAGCAAUCACUAGGUGGAGGUGGUGGAGGAGGUCCCGCAGCUUCCUCAAAUGCUACCGGCGGUAAGAAGAAGAAUAAAAGAAGAAGAACAAUGGCUUCACAUACGAUGUAUGUGGUUGGAUCAUUAUCGCUUGUGGGAUUGUCGCUUGGGUUGGCAUAGCUAAAUCCCUUGGCCCUUCACCUCCUGCCAGAUAAAGCACUAGUAGCAACGGACAUUCCAUAAGGAAAUACUGUUUUUUUAACUUAAUUUAGGAUGUUUUUUGCCUCCAUAUUUUCCUCUAUCUACGUGGUCAGUUAAUUUUUGGUCUUGUGGCACGAACUCAAGGUGUAAACGAUUUUUAUAUGAGAGUAUAGACAAGUUAUGCUCCAAAGAGUUAAGGAUCAUCUUCCCAUUUGCAAUUAUGUUUUUCUUAAGACCCACAAUUCAUGCAAUAUUGUGUGGAUUGUUCUAUUUUUGUGUCUUUUGUAUUGAUCAUGGAAGAUAUGCAUCAUGUAGAAAACUUGGUGAAUUUUUUAUGCAAUAAAAAUGAUUUUUCAUUUAA